CAGACGUAGCUGGACGUAUAGUGCAAGGCACGUGCCCGUAGGCAGUGCGUGCCGUCUCCACGAACGGGAUGGAAUGGCGGCGGCGACACUCUUACUGCUUUCCUGUGCCGACGCACUGGUCCCGAAUGGUAGUGUGGCAACAGCCAUUUUUCGAUUCUUACCUCCUUCACCGUUCGGACUGGCCGCGCUGGAGGAACCGAGCGCCCCCAAGAGACGACGUCACCACAACAGGUCUCUGUACGACGAAAUCUUGGUCGAAACUCUGCACCAGCCAGUUCCUGAGAACCACUGGACUCCCCUCGUCAUAUUCUUAUUUCUCGCCGCCAUGCUAAUCGGUAUGAUACUCGCCUUUCUCUGCGUCUUAUGUUGUAUGCGUUACUUUCAUUCACAAGUCCGGUACCGGGCGAUGAAAGAGCUCAACGGCGACGACGUUCAUGACGAAGGGCUGAGAGAGGCUGCGUUCAGGGCACGAAUGAAGCCGGUGGAGACUGGAACACAAACCAGUUCCAGGAACGACUCCAGCUUUCGAAAGUGGUCGUUUGUAGCGAAGCCUGAUGAGGCGGAGCUUCAACGUGCGUUCCAGAUCAAGUUCCAAGAACAAGAAAUGAGAAGGAAGAGAGAGGAAGAAGAAGAACAAAGGCGUCUAAAGCUCCUGCAGUUAGAGGAAGAAGCGAAGAGGGCGAAAGAAGAGGCUGAGCUCCGCUCGGAAGAAUACGAAAGGAAGCUGAGAGACGUAGAAGUCAUGUCCAAGGAGCUCCUGGAUAUAAGAUCUGGCAUGAAGCGCAAGAGAGGGAGGGGUAGAAGAGACACCAGCCUUCAAAAGAGCAGUGGGGGUUCAGAAUGGCAGCAAUCGGAACAGCUGAAGCAGCAGCAGCAGGAGGAAGACAUAGCCCAGGACGAGGCCCACAGUUCAUCAUCUCAGAUGCGCCUAGAUUUGCAGUUCAAGCAAGACAGUAAAGGGAAAUCCAAGUGCAGCGUGCAAGCGUACGUUGACCCUGCUGUUGACGGCUAUGUAGCAGUGGACACACCGUAUGAUUCUCCACCAGACAACGAUAUGGCUCCAGGAGCAAAUGCGUUCCAACUACGCCAUGAGGAUAAUUUCCGCAAGGAGACGUAUAACGUUUCAGAAAUUAGGGACCAGGCUAGGAGAAAGAACACGGAUACGAGGACCUCUCGUUCAGCAUCUUCGUUCGUGCCCCAAGACGUCAACGAAUAUGAACGUUUAGCUGUUCCUGGAUUCUCAAGGAGGCAGAAUAAUCAGGCGCAGCAGCAGCGACGACUGACGUCAUCUAAUGAGAGUUACAUGGCCAGUGGUCACCAAAGCUCGAAUAAGGGUUCUCAAGCGCUCCCUGACGAUAUGGAGCGAACGAAGUCGCGCAGUGAGAUUUCACUGAGCCGCAGGUAGCCUGUCUUGAGAAAUCUUGCGAGUCUUUCUUAGUAGCGAGGAGCGUGACACACGUGAUCGUGCGUCAGAUAUUCGCAACAUGCAUCCGUGAUGGAUAGGGAGAAAAUUGUGGAUUGGCAGUUGCAAACCGAGAGAAUAUAUUCAGUCUAUGCUGAGCAACGGCGACAUAUUUCUGUGGUAGUAAACCGUGCCUUAUUCCAUUUUUGUGUGAGAGCUAAAUAAUAAGCCCAUUAUAAAUUGUA